UUUCCAAAUAAUUACAAACACCAAUUCUUAUUUCAAAAAACAAAAAAAAUCAUUUCUCCGAUUAAUUUUUUUUUUUAGACAAAAACGCAAAAGAAACGGGAAUGAAAAACAGAUCUCUAAAAGUGAUUCCAUUUUUACACAGAUCGUUAAUUGAUUAGUAGUGGAAUCUUUUUUGCGAUUCGAAAUUUGCGGAUUUUGUCUUGUUUUGGUGUGGACCGUAGGAUCAAGAGGAUGCCGUCGCACGGGGAUCUGGACCGUCAGAUCGAGCACUUGAUGGAGUGCAAACCGUUACCGGAGGCGGAGGUGAAGACGCUGUGCGAUCAAGCGAGAGCGAUUCUAGUGGAGGAAUGGAACGUGCAGCCGGUCAAAUGUCCGGUGACUGUUUGCGGCGAUAUUCACGGCCAGUUUUAUGAUCUGAUUGAGCUUUUUCGGAUAGGCGGGAAUGCACCUGAUACUAACUACCUCUUUAUGGGAGAUUAUGUAGAUCGUGGAUACUAUUCGGUGGAGACUGUUACACUUUUAGUGGCAUUGAAAGUUCGUUAUAGAGAUAGAAUUACGAUACUUAGAGGAAACCACGAGAGCAGGCAGAUUACUCAAGUGUAUGGUUUUUAUGACGAGUGCUUGAGAAAAUAUGGAAAUGCCAAUGUGUGGAAGUUUUUCACUGACCUAUUUGAUUAUCUACCUCUUACUGCGCUAAUUGAGAGUCAGAUCUUUUGUUUGCACGGUGGACUUUCUCCAUCUUUGGAUACAUUAGAUAAUAUUCGAGCAUUGGACCGUAUACAAGAGGUUCCACAUGAAGGACCUAUGUGUGAUCUGUUAUGGUCUGAUCCAGACGACCGAUGUGGGUGGGGAAUCUCUCCUCGUGGAGCUGGCUAUACAUUUGGACAGGAUAUAGCUGCUCAGUUCAACCAUACAAAUGGUCUGACUCUGAUUUCACGAGCUCACCAGCUUGUGAUGGAAGGAUACAAUUGGUGUCAGGAAAAGAAUGUGGUUACUGUGUUUAGUGCCCCAAACUACUGCUACAGGUGUGGGAACAUGGCUGCGAUACUAGAGAUUGGGGAAAACAUGGACCAGAAUUUUCUUCAAUUUGAUCCUGCACCUCGGCAAAUUGAGCCAGACACCACACGCAAGACUCCAGAUUAUUUUUUAUAAUUUCCAUACUUCUGCGGGCUGUUUGUAAUCUUUGCUUGAUGUUGUAUCACUGUAGAUGUGUCUUGAAGAGAAGUUUUUGUUGUUAAAGGUGAGGUAUCAUUCUUUAUUUGGAGUUUGUCUUGGUGCUGCUUUGUUGAUGUGCUCAAGUAACAGAUAGGAAAUUGAUAGGGGCAUCAAUGGCCAUAUGUCUUGUAUAUUUUUCAGAAAGAGGAAAGCAGCAAUAACAUCGUAUAUUUUGUUCUGUAAUUUUAUAAUUUGAAGGUAGAAAAGGUGAGUUUUUCUGGUGA